AUGGGGGAUUGGGUCCUCCAGAAGAUUCUGACCCUUUCCUCUUCUUCUCUCCCAAUUUCUUCUUCUUUCCCGAUUUCAGUAAACCUGCCAUCGACAUCUUCCCCACCAAAUUCUCCACCGCCCUCUCCACCACCCAAUCCGUCGCCGCCAUCUCCAUCAACCGAUCCGCCGCCGUCAUCUCCAUCACCCAAUCCGCCUCCACCCUCCAAUUUCGAAAAUUAUGCCCGACGCCCCAAAUUCCCAGUUGAUGUCGUCCUUCCUGAUUCUCUUUCCCUUGUUCCCGCUGAGAGCCGCUUCGUCGUUCUCAACGCUCUCGAGAACCCAACGUCCGACUCAAAGACUACGUCUGCUCGCAGGUUAGCUUAUUUGAGGUCGGGUGUACAUGAAGUCGAGGCAUAGUCCAUAAUAUGGCUUCCGCUUAUUUGUAUUUUCUGUUUCCUUUUUUUCCUUAUUUAGAGGUUAUCUGAACCUAUGAAUUGUUGAUUAUGA